AACCGGAUUGUAUACAGCGCGACAACGCGACCACCACUGGAACUGCAUUCUCACCGCUAGCUACUUAGCAUUUCACUGCUUUGAAGUCGAAAUAUAACACUUUCCGAUUUAUUGAUUGACAUUCGACUGCUAGGAAACAAAUUAUCUGACGAAAGAGGGCCUAAGAAUGCCGAAGUCAAGAGCUCAUGCACCUUCUACUGCCGAGGAUGGAAUUUGGUUCCAAACUCGAGGCUGGUCAGGCAAGGGUGAGAUGAGAAACACAGGUACUACAACAGGACUCAUGCUGAGUUCAAAGUUCAAUCCAGAAAGCUCUUCUAAACCUCAACCGCCCCCACCAGCAUACAAUGAAUUAGCAGAGAAGACCUACAUACAUGAGAACCCUUUCUCAAUGCAUGACAACAGAAACUCUUUCCAGGAUCAUGGUGUAUAUUUUGGGCAUGGCCUUGGAAAGAAGUUAGAGCAUGGCUCGAAAAGACAGCACAACUCGGAAGACUUUGUGACAUGGAAGUCACCAGACCGGUUCUUCAAGACAGAUUAUCAAGCUGAAUACCAAGGCAAACCAACUAAGAACCCACCUACGACUAGGAGAUUCCCAAGGAAAUAUCCCGAACCUGAUCAAGGGUUAAUAGAACUUCCUACCUCCACCACACAUACCUUUGAACCCCCUAAGGUACCCUAUGAUACACCAACACAGGUGCUUGUUUCAAGUAAAGAACCACACCUGAAACCUAACCCUUGGAAAUAUUCAUAUAAAGCCUAUGUCAGAUAGUUUCCAGAACUCAACUAUGUGAGUGCCCAAGCUUUCAUAUAGAGGCAAAUUUAACUGCAGUGAAAGAGCUUGGGUGCAGCUCCUGUGGAUAUCAUAAGACUUCAGACUGUACUGUGAUCUGCAGUCAAGAACCUUCACGUUUCUGCCGAUCAUGUCAAAUGCUUUUUGAAAUGACAUGGCUAUGCCAACUGCAACAGAGGCAACUUGCUACAAAGAGCUUGGAUGCUCCAGCGAUUGCCAGUGGUUCAAGGACUAAUUAGCGCUCGACAGCAUUUGAUUCUUGGAGCCUACAUAUAUCAGUACAACAGUUUCCUCACUCCAUGUCAGCUGCAAGGUCCAUCUAGAACUCCUCUGAGCAAUAAGUAACUGGACCUUCUUGUAGUUGUGCAGGGAAUCACCAGGUCAUCCACUGUAGAGAAUGGAAGAUGUGCCUUUCUCUCUGUUUCAUGUUCUUGUGUGUGCAAGGCAAAUUUUGAUAUGCAUCAAUCAAAGUGAUAUUGGCUAUGCAAAAUGAUGUGAUGAUUGUGUGCUCACAAUUUGUAUGCAGGGUGAACAAUUUUUACAAGAUUUACUAAUGCUUGCCUGUAAUGCAUGUGGUUGAUAUGAAUGAAAAGAUAUGGAGAUCAAAUUAAAAUCUAUUUUGCCUACAGAUAUGUCUUCCAAAUCAUGUGGUUGCUAUCAAGUUUUCCUCAUAGUUUCAAUAGCAUACAUGUAAAUUGCUCAUCAACUUGAUGCAAACUAUAAACCAUAGUAAUUACCAAAUAGAGCAGAUUAGCAGAAUUAUACAGUAUUAUACAUCUACCGUAAAUGGAAAGACGGACUAAUAUGAAAGGUUAUUCAAGCUUAAUUCAAUAUUGCUAUAUAAUUGUUUCUAGCCUCAUGUCUGAUUAGGCAUUGUGUUUUUUUAUAGGAUUUAUUGAUCUACAGUUAGUAAUGUUAAGGAAUUCCAUGUUAAUCAAUUCUGCACUUUCUUGCCAUAUUUAAGGGGUUUUGAAAGCAACUUAAAGUUACACGUAAAAAUCAAAGGAUUGGUAUUUUUGGGGAUGGAUACAUACAAGUAUAAAAUAAUUGUCUCAUGGAAAACAAUUUUUUUUCAUGUUAGUUGUCUGCCAUUGUACUUUGUAAGGUUGUUGGAUUACCCAGUUCAGAGACUGGCUUUAUACUGAAAAAAACCCCACCAAAUGUUUAUGUAUUAUAUUGAAUACUUUGAUGUAAUAGAGUACGUUGCUGACAAAAUUGUAAACUUUCCAGCAUCAAGAAAUGUUAGCAGAGGGGAGUUUAAGAUCUCAUUCAGGUUUAUAAGGGUAUUGCCCAGAUUUACAGAAAUGAGUUUUCAGUAAUAUCAAAUCUUUGAAAGAAAUUGAUCAAUUUCUCCCUUUCAAUAUGACAAACAACAUCUAUCCAUAUUAUAAAGGUAAUCUAAUUUUUUGGGGGUUGAUGUUGACCAUAAUUUGCUAUAAAGUGGAAGUACAUUUUUACACCAGAACAAGCAAAGCAUGAUGAUAUAUUUACAUGUGUGUCUUCCAAGUGCAGUUCAACCUAAAUCAGAUAGAUUUCUGUGGUCCAUAGAGAUUUGACUUUGCCAAUUUAAACUUUGUGUGACCAGUGACCACCCAUGCCCUUCAUAUAGAUACUUUACAUGUCAGAGCUAAAGCUUUGGUAAAGGUUCAAUAAUGUGAAUCAUCCAACAUUCAUAUCUUGCAAAAGUUUAGAGAUUGCUAAAUCUGUCUUUUUCUAAGCCUUUGAUUCCUUGUGGAGAUUUUAAUUUUACAUUCAUUUAUGUGCUGCCGUCCAUCUGAUAUAUUUCUUCUAAUUGCCUUUUGAAUACUUUCUUGGUUGGAAUACCAUUCAAAAUGAAUGUUCAUUUUGAAUUAUGAAGUUCGGAUCUUGAAAAUAGGAUUUUCAUGUAUUUCAUACCAUUCAUAUGACAGGACACAUUCUUAAAAUGUAGUAAUAAACUUAAAAAUUGGUCAACAUUUUUUUUAUUUAAAAUUUGUAAUGCAAGAAUUAAGUAAGAUUAUGUUCAGAAAAAAAAACACAAAAAAUCAAGGGUCAGUCUGUUUUAGAUAUUGAAAUUCAUAAAUAUUUUUAUUUACAAAUAAUUUUUUAACAGUAUUUCAUCAGAAUUCAAAUUCAAGUUACAACAAUAUACUAUAGAGUACCAAAAUGGGAGGUUCUCAAAUUCUGCAUUUCAGCAUUUUCAUGACCAUCUGAUUCCGGUAAAACGUGAUGAAAAACCUCCACUUUCCAAAUUUGAAAUGAAGCAGUUCAUUGGGGCAAAAGGUAUAGCUUAAUGGAUACCUAAUAAGACCCAGUGAAGAAGAGUAAAUUUGCCUGGUUCAUAACUGAUCUGGAUCAGGAUAAUUCUUUUACAUUGAUUUCAAUGGAGCUGAAUGGGUAUUUCACACGGCCACAUCCUCGGCUUCUCUGCACUGAUUUCCACCAAAUAUGAGUUGUGGAUUUUUUUUUUCAAUCAUGCUCUGGAGAGAUAUAGUAUUAACUAGCUAUAAUGCAAUUAAAAAAUCGUUUUGUGACGUCAUCACUUUGGUACUCAAUACACUGAACAAAUUAUCAAGUUUCUAAUUUUACAGUUAACUUGUCCAUCUUGUGAUGAAGUUGUUUGUGAAAAAAUUGUUAUGUAUUAUAUACAUGCAGUAAUAAAUUAUAAGAUACAAAACAUU